ACUUGUAGUGUGUGACAGUCGAAAACACGUCUGCUUCAUGCCGAAAGCCUUCGAAUUCGGUAGUUCUCACGAAUUCAGACGCGUUUUCUCUCGUACAUGUGACGGAGUUUUAUCCCCUGGUCACAUAAUACGGCUGUUAGGGAACGUGAACAAAAUCCUAUGGCUAGUUAGUGGAUCCACGAAACGUGAGUGGGGCGAAGAAGAAAAUUUGACACAGGUGAAUCGUACAAGCAUGGUUCUCUAUUUCGACUGUUUGAAGAUUUUACCGUACGGUGCCCCCUCUCCUGUUGAUGAUCUGGAAAUUUCAAUAGAAGAUCUCAUAUUAAAUACUGCUUUUAUACGAUGCCGGGAAGUCAACAUAGUAUGAAGGGCAUGCCAUAGGCGUGGGUUAUACGAAUAACAUACUGUGAACGACAAAGACAACUUCACUUAAAUUCUUUGGGCCUCAGCUUACUUCUUAAUUUACCCACAAGCACAGCCUAUGGUCUAUUUUAUUCUCCCG